CGCGAGCAGUCCACACGGGAUACAACUGCUAAGAAUAUCGUUGAAAUUCGUGCAGUGAUCAUUUUAUUGCUGUAUAAUUCAAUUUCAGUGUUAUUUUUAAAUUAAUGAUUGUGAUUUUGUCAAGUCGCUAUUGCGGGUGCGGUACGGAUAUAGAUCAUAAGCAUUAAGUGGAUUAAAUAAAAUGUCCUCGGGUUUUUGGUGAAUGUGUUGAGACAAUGGUGUAUCGAUUAUUUUGCGCUAACGAAAUGUCAUCCCGGUGCCGUAGUGUUAAUAUUAGAAGUCUAUGUUUGUGGCCACGAUUACUAUUGUCUAGUUAUCUACUGUGACAGACGAGAUCCGUGCUCAAGUCUACUCAGCUAGUUAUCUUACUGAAGCUGGUAACGUAAGUACAUUGUUUUAAGAAUGGCCAACCCAAACCGUGACGGUGUUAGCACUCGCUUCUCCGAUAAUUAUGAACUGAAAGAAGAACUAGGAAAGGGAGCGUUUUCAAUAGUGAGACGAGCUGUUCAAAAAUCGACUGGAUUUGAAUUUGCUGCCAAAAUAAUCAACACUAAAAAACUCUCAUCUAGAGACUUCCAAAAAUUGGAAAGGGAAGCUCGAAUUUGUCGGAAACUACAACAUCCCAACAUUGUGAGACUGCAUGACUCUAUUCAAGAGGAACAUUUCCACUACCUCGUUUUUGAUUUAGUGACUGGAGGAGAACUGUUCGAAGAUAUUGUGGCUCGAGAAUUUUAUUCUGAAGCUGAUGCGUCACACUGUAUACAACAAAUAUUGGAAUCAGUACACCACUGCCACCACAAUGGAGUUGUGCAUAGAGAUUUAAAGCCUGAAAAUCUUUUACUAGCCAGCAAGGCUAAAGGAGCCGCUGUGAAAUUGGCUGAUUUUGGAUUGGCCAUUGAAGUUCAAGGUGAUCAACAAGCAUGGUUUGGAUUCGCUGGUACUCCGGGAUACCUAUCACCUGAAGUCCUUAAAAAAGAGCCAUACGGCAAGCCAGUGGAUAUUUGGGCAUGUGGUGUCAUUUUAUAUAUAUUGCUUGUAGGUUACCCACCGUUUUGGGAUGAAGAUCAACACCGACUAUACGGUCAGAUCAAAGCCGGGGCUUACGAUUACCCAUCUCCGGAAUGGGACACAGUUACUCCUGAAGCUAAGAGCCUGAUUAAUCAAAUGCUGACGGUAAAUCCCAGCAAGAGGAUUACGGCGUCUGAAGCGCUGAAACACCCAUGGAUCUGUCACCGCGAGCGCGUAGCUUCCAUGAUGCACAGGCAGGAGACUGUAGACUGUUUGAAGAAAUUCAAUGCCCGUCGCAAACUCAAAGGCGCAAUCCUAACCACAAUGCUUGCUACUCGCAACUUUUCUGGAAAAUCCAUGGUGACCAAGAAAGGCGACGGUUCGCAAGUCAAGGAAUCGACUGAUAGCAGUACUACUUUGGAGGAUGAUGAUUUGGACAAAGACAAGAAAGGUGUGGAUCGUUCGUGCACUGUUAUAUCUAAAGAGCAUGAUGACGACGCGCUAUCAAAAGCAGACUCAUUUGGCAAAACUCGCGGAGACAGUAAUGCUUCGUUACGCCGUGCUGAAGUGAUUAAAGUCACGGAGAUUCUUAUAGAUGCUAUAAACAACGGAGAUUAUGACACGUAUUCCAAGCUAUGCGAUCCUAAUCUGACCGCAUUCGAUCCUGAUGCAUUAGGUAACUUGGUGGAAGGUGUAGAAUUCCACAAAUUCUUCAUCGACAACACCCCGACCCAUGUCAAAACUAAUACAACCAUUCUAAACCCUAGAGUUCAUCUCCUUGGGGAUGACGUAGCUGUAAUAGCAUACGUUUGCGUGACACAAAGUGUGGAUGCAGAAGGCCGACGAGCUACACAUCAGACACAAGAGACUCGCAUAUGGCACAAACGCCACAACAAGUGGACGGCGGUACACUUCCAUCGCUCCUAACUAGUCCCUUCUUUAACGCUGUGCCCAAUGCCAAAGGGUCGAGGUCUCCCGAAUCAAGCUAUUUGUAAUGGCACCAUUGCAAAUCCUGUAACUUUUCAAAAUAUUCAAUAGAUUCGGAGACCUCAUAGCUAACAAUCCUUCGGCAGCGACUUAAAAAUAUAUAAAAAAUUUAAUAUCCAAUUCUGCUAUAAAAUUACACGAAUUUUAUUAGAAAUUCUUUGUAAUCUCAAGGAAUUAAGUUAAUUACAUAUAGGUAAAUGUUAUUCUACACCAGUAUAAGCAAUUCGAAAGUUACCUCUCAUUCUGAUAACGUCACUUUAUAAACUCCUAAGGUAAAGCAUAACAAUGUGGCUAAAAUGUGAUACCGUUUAAAUAUCCAAUGCUUUGUGCUAGUUAUUAGAAUGUAAACCAAACCUGAUCUCGGGCACAAUCGAAGAUUGUCAACGAAAGUCGAACUAAAUUGCUGUUAUUCAGCAAGAUAAGAAAUCUCACCGUACUGUCAGAUCUGAUACUAAUGAAUCUACAUUGUAAGUACCUACCUAUAUAAAAUCAGUAAACUUUUCAAGGUUUAGAAUUAUUAGCACAUUUCUCAGUAAGUCUCUCUACAUUUUUAACUAUGAAUGUUUUGUCGUGCUUAAAAUGGUGUUCUAUUUGUUAUCAAAUACCUAGUUAGUAAGAUUUAAGUAACUAAUGAUGCAGUUAUUGGCACUAUGCACCCAACGAGAGGACUUCAAAGUAGUGUAACUUUCUAAAUACCUAUAGUAUAUUACUGAUUUAGUAUUCCCUCAACUAGUAUUGUAGCUAGAGCGGAUUUAUUGUAACGUUUUAAAUAUUUUAAGUGAAUUAUAUCAAUUUCGUCAAUUUUAGAUUUUAACGUUAAUGUUAUUAUGCUUUAUUUCCGCGUGAUCAUGAUGUAUUUGUUAUAUUUAAUUGUUCCAAAUAUGUUGAUUUCUUUAGCGACAUUUGUUUUGUACCUGAUUCAGUACCAUAAUUGUUUAUAAUUGAACAAAUGUACGUAUUAAUCCUAGCUAAUAAAUUUUAAAGUGAUAACUGUGCAAAGGGUGGUGACGGGUGACGGUAGUUGGUUUUUAUAUUUCACGAUAAGAGGAGCUUGUCAACAGUGAUAUUAAUGUGUAAUGUAAGGUGUAUUUGCACAGUUUCACUUUUGAAAUGUGCUUUAAACUAUUGGAUCUAUAUUGCUAAGUCUGCAGUAAAUUCAGUAUUUCUUAGAAAUAUAAUUAGAUUGUAAAAGACCUUUAAACCACGUUUUUACAAUUUUGUAACAUAUUUUAAUAUAGUUAGCAAAAACUUGAUUUGUAACGUCAAAGUUGGAAUUGUAUUUGUAAAAUGCAUUGCAUAAUAUUAACUUAUAUAUACUUGGAAAAUCUGGCAUUUUCACAAAGUAUACCGAGAGAACACAGUUGUGCCAUUAUCAUUGAAUUUAGUGCCAAUAACUGUAAUAAUAAAAAAACUGUAUUCUAGUCCCUAUUGUUAUGCAUAUUUAGUAUUUAAUCAACGUUUUUUAAUUAAUUUUGAACAUAUACAUAAAUAGUAACUUACAUUAUGUACAUAGAUAUUGAUUUGCACACAGCAUGUUUAAAAGUGUUGUUUUCAAAGUAAGCUAAAUAUUGAAUAUUUCUUUAUUAAUGUUUAUAAUGUUCGUUAUUAGAACACAUUGAAUUUAUUUAUUUACUCCUGUUAUAGUUUGGCUCUCCAAUGUAAUAUAGCGUUUUGCAAUCGAAUUUAUGAGGGAGUUCGUGAAACAGAGGGCGCUCACACGUUAAACGUUCUUGGUAUGUAUUGCGUCUGAAACGUGACGCAUGCACAAGGCGUUCCGACGGCUUCGGUAAAUGUAUGGGAUUUUACAAAAACAGAAGUGAACGUGAAUAGUGUAAAUGCGAGAUCGCCUCCUGUUUGACGAGUCCUUAAGGGAUGAGCUCACUGGAUGCUAAUAGGUAUCUUUCGACAUGUUUUUGGGCUCUAGCAACGUCAGUGAAGUAUAUUAACCGUAAAAGAAAAGCGCGUUAGUUCCCUGAAUUCUAGCUCUUAAAUGUGUAAUGUACCACGCUAACGUCAAGUAACAAUUAGCUAGUCGAUCCAGCUAAAACUAGACAAACGCUUCCUUAAAAACGAAAGCACUAGAACCUAGUGGGCCCUACUAACUGAAUGGUAAAUGUAGGCAAUUUAUCAAUGUCUGUUUUUAAAAUGUUUCUAUUUUUCAGUCUUAUAUGAUUAUGGACCCGUUAAGAUGUAUAGGUACAUUUACAGUUAAUUAAUUCAAACUUUUUACCUACUUGUAAAAGUCAUUAAUUAUAAUAAUAUUUACAUCAUAUUCAAAUAAAAAUUUUCAUGUCCAAAAAAACAUAUCUAUGGAUCAAAUUUUUAUUUAUCAUUUUUGUUUUCAUGAUGCACUUAAUAUUUUAAACAAAACCAAUGGCCGGAUUAACUUCCCAGUGACAUGCACAAAUGUACCUAUUUAAAGUUCUUCUAGAUAACACCGUGAAAUGGGAUGUUGAGCCAGAAACAAACUAUGUAUACGUCUUCCCUCAACAGUGUUCCAAAGAAAUGCCAAUAGAAUUUAAAAAGAAAAUUGUUCCGAAUCAACUUCAAAUAUAAAACUUACUAAACUUCUUUGAAAUAUUAAAAAAUAGCUCUCCGCAAAUUGUUAUAUAGUGCACAUUUACCCUUUGCAUGCAUUUAUCUCACCGGCUUUUACAUUUAGGAGGGCUUUUUUAAUGAUAUUGAAAUUUUUCUAUUGGCUGCAUUUUAAUUACAUCUUUCAAUAAAUAACUUCAAUAAAUUUAAAUUGUUUUAAAUCGAAAGUAUACAUAAUUAAAUAAAUGUACUUAAAUUGAACACUCCAGGUUACCAUUUGCAUACCUCACUUGGUAUAUAAGACCAUAGUGUUUACCGUGUGGCUCAAAUGGUUUCCUGAAAUUGUUAUAUCUUAGAUAAAAUUACCUAUGUAUUAUAUGGGUGCUGUGCAAUAUGUUAACAGUUUGUCACAGGAUACCUACUUAUAGUAAAGAGCAUAAUAAAUUUGUUGUAUAAUUUAAAACAUUAUAUUGUAGUAACUUGCUGGUACUUCUUUAUAGUAAAAUCUUGACCAUUCAGCUAGAGUUAUUGUAAUGUGAUUUGUGUUAAAUUUUUAUCUAAAGGAGAAUAUGUUAUAUAUUAGGGCAUUAUUUAAUUAACCUAUUCAAUGUAAGGACUUUUUAGGGUGUGUUGAAUUGUUUAGUCGAAAUUAAUAUCAAAGUUGCACCUAUCUAGAUUGUGAUUGAGAUUAUUUUUAUGUAUUUUAAUAUUAAAACCAAAGUAUUUCAUACCUGUGUACUUCAAACGCACCUCAUUAUUUCAUUUAGAAUUCGCUCCUUGUUAAGAGAACUAAGUUUUUGUAGAAUAAUUUUCAAAUGUGAAAGUGUAGUUGUAUUAAAGAAUUAUCGGUAAAUUUGUAUUCAACAUAAUUUCUUGACCUCUGCAUUGCCGAUU